AUUUAAAAACAAAAUGUGAGUGCCGGUCCAAUCAGUGAUACGAUGGGAUUUUAUCGAGUUGAUUAAUAUUGUGGUCCGGUCAUUUCCGUUUUGAUCCCCGUUGACGUCUUCGUUUCCAUCGAUCAGAUCUCGGAACCAGGGCGGCGGCGGCGGCGGCGAUGGCGCACCGAUUGGACCACGAGUACGAUUACCUCUUCAAAAUCGUCCUGAUCGGGGAUUCUGGCGUCGGGAAGUCCAACAUCCUCUCCAGGUUCACCCGCAACGAGUUCUCAUUGGAUUCCAAGUCCACCAUCGGUGUCGAGUUCGCUACCAAGACCCUUCAGGUUGAAGGGAAGACAGUGAAGGCGCAGAUUUGGGACACAGCUGGUCAAGAAAGGUACCGUGCCAUCACCAGUGCAUACUACCGGGGUGCGGUGGGAGCACUUCUCGUCUACGAUAUAACGAAGAAGCAAACCUUCGACAAUAUGCAGAGGUGGCUACACGAACUCAGAGAUCAUGCAGAUUCCAACAUUGUCGUCAUGAUGGCUGGUAAUAAGUCAGAUUUGACGCAUCUAAGAGCAGUUUCAGAAAGAGAAGGACAGGAAUACGCCGAGAAGGAAGAACUGUCUUUCUUGGAGACUUCAGCACUAGGAUCGGAAAACAUCGAGAAGGCGUUUCAAACGAUUCUAACAGAGAUCUAUCACAUAAUGAACAAGAAGGCACUUGCGGCCCAAGAGGCAGCAAGGAAUACCGCACCUCCUAGUCAAGGCACAACCAUCAAUGUGACUGAUUCUUCUGCUGGAAGCUCAAACACUUUCUGCUGCUCGAGCUAGAUAGAUGAUCACCUUCUUGAAGAAAGCUUUAACGGUUUGUGGUCUGAGGGGUUUUAGGAUUAAUCGCGAAUACUUGUAGAUUAUUCUCUUCUUUGUUUUUUCUCUCUCUAAAUUUAGUGUGGCUUCUUGAGGUGAGUUUCUAGCAAAAGACAAAUCGCAAUGAAGUGUGCAAAAUCUGGAUUUUGGUUUACCACUUAAUUUUUGCUUCAUAGAGACUAGUGGCUCAUUUUGUGUUUU